AAUGACGCAUGACAUGUCGAGUGCAAAAAAUAAACUAUAAAGAGUGUAAAAGUAACAAGUAUUAACAUGAGAAAGUCCACUUCUUGGAAAGUUGAAGUCCUAACAGGUCAGGUCCCGGCCCCGGCAGUCAAAAGCGAUGCUAAUAAACCCAAAAAAAAUACCAGCGAACGGCCCGUCGGCUUCUGGGGCAAAAUUGUCGGCUCUUUGUGCGUGAUCGCUGGUGUGCUGACAAUCGCACUGCCGGUACCGGUUAUCGUCAGUAAUUUCAAUUACUUCUAUCACCGCGAAACGGAUCAGGAGGAGAUGCAGAGCCAAAAUUUCAACCACGUUACAAGUUGUUCAUAUUUACCUGGUGCACUAGGUCAACAUUUAAAGAAAUCCUCACUCUCCGAAUCGUCGUCGGACAUCAUGGAUUUGGAUGAUGGCAUUGAUGCAACCACACCAGGUCUGACUGAUCAUACCGGCCGUCACAUGGUGCCGUUUCUCAGGACCCAGCAGUCCUUUGAGAAGCAGCAGCUCCAGCUGCAACUCCAGCUGCAACAGCAGCAGCAGCAACAACAGUCGCCCCACGGCCAGCAAAUGACGCAAGUGCAACAGCAGCAGCAGCAGCAGCUGGGCCAGAACGGUCUCCGGAGCACAAAUAGUUUACAGUUAAGGCACAAUAACGCGAUGGCCGUCAGUAUUGAGACCGACGUCUGACUACUAGUCAAACAAAUGGAAAAUGGACGAAAUUUGCGCAGUGAAAUGCUACGUUGGAUGCCAGAAACGUCAUCAAAAGCAGUCUAAUUUAGAAUUUUAUUAAUAAAUACAAUUAAAUAAUAAUAAUAAUUAGUAAGCAGCGUAGUUGUAAAUUAAACAGCAAAUGUACACAAAACACACAGACACACACACACACACAUACACAAAACACACACACACACACACUGUGCCAGUUCACUAAAGCUUGGAAUUAGAGUUAAAAAUCGUAGAGUCAACCAUGGACUGGCUUUCUGUUAGAUUUUUCCUUGAUUUUCUUUUUUAUUUUUCUUCUGGUAAUCAACACAACGAAAACUUACACACACACACACACACCGACACAUAUACAAAGAAAAAAACUCUACUUGAUACCUAUGUUCAAAUUUAGCAAUUAACAACUAACAAUCGUUAACAACAAAACAGAUGAGAACAAAACAAAAACAAAAAAAAUGAACAAAAAAAAAACAAAAAUCAAAUUAUCUUAGUAGACUAAUCUAAUUGGAGUUUCUUCCUUUCUUUAGAAGCUAGCAAACAAAAAAAAAAAAACAAAAACAAACAAAACAACCAGACAAACAAAAACAAACAACAUACAAUA